UGGGGGGACAGUAAAAGAGGCAAAGUGAGUGGCAGGCAUUUCCUAAUACCUCAGGGGGAAAACAGAUGGGUUCAUUCCACAACUCUCAACUCCCUUGCCCAGCCAUUCAGAGCAGCUGGCUAAGUCUCUGUGGCUGGCAGCUUAACUCCUCUUCUGGCUCCUGUGGGGUAGGAGAAUUAAAUAGGACACAGAUUCAGAGACUUAAGAGUCUGUUUGCCGGGGGAAAGAACGAGGCAGAGGAGGAGAGGAAAUAAGGUGGAAAUUGGCCAGAGCCCAGAUUAGCCAAAUUUCUGUUCAGACCUCCAGGUAUAUGUGCCAGUUUCUCUGGCAAGCACAAACACCAUGGGGAAAACAGCAGACAUAGUGUUGUCUCUGAGUGGUGGCUACUGGUGGAGCAACAGACUUUCUUUGAGAUGGAGAAAAACUAGCUUGUUUGCCUGUUGGCUUUCGUUUUGCGCAGCAGAGACGUUCAUAACAUGUCCUUCCUCUUGCAAGUGCAACAGUGGUACCCUGGAAGUGGACUGUAGUGGUUUAGGCCUUUCAUCCAUUCCCUUGGACAUUCCUACUAGUACCAGGACCUUCCUUUUCCUUAACAAUCAACUCAGCACCUUGUCAGAACAAGCUUUUUCCAAUCUUUCUGCUCUCCAAAGACUGGAUCUUUCCAACAAUUUCUUAGAUCAACUUCCUGAGAAUGUUUUCAGAGACCUGGUUAAUCUUACUGAACUACAGCUGAGGAAUAACAGCAUCAGAAGUUUGGACAAAGAUCUUCUGCAGAACACUGUUCUUUUACAUCAGUUGGACCUCUCCAUUAAUGGACUUGCUCAAAUCCCCUCAGGCAUUUUUGAUGAUUUGCCUUCUCUUCGCUGGCUUUCUCUCCGAUCAAACCGUCUGCAGAAUUUGGACAGGGUAACUUUUGAGCCAUUAAUCAGCCUGCAACAAUUACAUGUGGGAGAUAAUCCCUGGGAAUGUGACUGUAAUCUGAGAGAUUUUAAAUAUUGGAUGGAAUGGUUCUCUUAUCGAGGAGGAAAGAUAGACCAGCUGGCAUGUACUUUGCCUAAGGAGCUGCGGGGGAAGGAUAUGCGCUUGGUACCCAUGGAGAUGUUUAACUACUGUUCCCAGCUGGAGGAUGAGAACAGCUCUACUGUACUGGACAAUAUUGGUCCUCCUUGCACUAAGGGAAGUCAAAGUGUUCCCAAACCCAAAACAAGUCCUGAAACAGAAGAGGAGCCCAGUGUGGGUUGUCCCCAGAAGCAAAAGCCACGACCCAUCAGUGUGCGUCGAGCCAUUGGCACAGUCAUCAUUGCUGGGGUAGUUUGUGGCAUUGUGUGUAUCAUGAUGGUGGUGGCGGCAGCCUAUGGAUGUAUCUAUGCAUCUCUCAUGGCUAAGUACCAUCGAGAGCUGAAGAAGAGGCAGCCGUUAAUGGGUGAUACGGAGGGAGAACACGAGGAACAAAAACAGAUCUCCUCCGUGGCCUGAAUCUUCUCGGAAAUUUGAAGCAGAAUAGGAUACAGCCAAGACUUAAGAAUACUUCCUCCCAGGUGAGCAGAUGGACUGUGCAAUUAUCCCAUUGGUCCAAUUAGUAAAAUGUGUUUAUGAGUUCAGGACACCAGGCCUGGGUUCAUGCUCACUUUCCUUUGUUCUCAUGGAACUCCAGGUGAAUAAAAGAUGUCUUCUCUUUGCACCAGACUUCCCAUUAAUGGUCACAUCUUGGGAAGGUCAGCCAAACAAACAUCUUUGUUUGAUUUCCUGUUUUUUUUUUUUAAAAAAAAUUGCAAAUAUCCAUUGCCUCACAGAGUCUUUGGCACUCCAAAAAUUUGUUAAUGUGUCUAAACUCCACCCUGUGGCAUCACUCAUAUUAUUGUACAACUAUUUAUUCGUUUUAGCUAUGCUAAAGAAAUCUAGUUCACAAACACUCCAGGCUCCUAGGCCUGUACAGUAAUUGAAUCCACCACAGUCAAUGGAAAUCUAAUCUUCCUCUUUUAACACUAGAAAUAAAGAAUAUUUAGAUGUACCAUCAUCAACGUAACAAAGAAGCAAAUGUGUAUAUUAACAUAUGCUUAUUACCUAUAUACUUAUCCACAGUUCUGUACACAUCUUUCUUUGCAUAUCAUCAGUACGUAAUUGUGGAGAGUUUAAAAAAAAAGCCUCCUAACUCUCCUUUCAGCUUCCCUUCCCACCCUGAUAGCUACAAUGAAGAACUAUGUAAAACAUCUGCAAAAGAAUGGAUCACGUCACUCCUAUUAAAAGAUCAAUCUUUAGGAAAGGCUUUGAGCCUCGUCUGGUUGAUCAAAGACCAAGUUUGAAAUGUGAUAGAAAGGAUGCAAUUCUGAAAAUGUGUGGCCCCUUCAUGCUAACACUCUCUAACUGUGGGUAUCACUUGCAUCCAUGACUACACAGUACUAAGAAUCCUCAUAGGAUUUCUUGUGAAAAUAUGUGGAUAGUACAAAUAAUGUUCUGAGCAGGUUUUUGCAUAAAUUAUAUUCAGGCACACCUUGGCGCAUACAUAUACACACUCCCAUGCACAUACACAUUCUGAACAUAUGAAUUCUCAUCUUAGGUAUUUUUUCUCAAGCAAACAUUGCAUCACAUUAGCCUUAUUUUUCUUUAAACUGGUGGCAGCAGGGAGAGAAAAAAACCAGCCUAAGGACUCAUUUUAUAUUACUGAAAGUGGGAUAAAGUGCGGCCUCCAGAGGAAAGCACACAUUGCCAUGGUAACCUGCUCUAGGCCGUCACAGCGGGUAUUCCUGGGAUAAGAAGAUGACACAAGAGGUCGGUGCAGCCACAGUUUUUGUGGAUAUUGUGAUCCUUGCAGUCAUGAAGUAGCGUAACAGGUGGCCCAGAUUCUGAGGUUUAUCUCUUGCAACUGAGAAGCAGAACCUAGCCGGGCAAGGAACCGGUCACCUUCGUUCUUCCUUGUUUUGUGAUGUGAUGCCUUUGGCAGCAGCUUCUGUUUGUGAAUGGAAGAAUUCUCACUUAAAAAAGAAAACAAAUCACCCCACGUCAUUCUGUCAGCAGCAGUCACACUGGAAUAAACUUAAGAUUCCAACGUGGGAGUAGAAAAACCGUUUCUGUUCUAUUAGCAGAGAAGCACUGGAUUCAAAGAGAGAAUCAUUUUCAUGUAGGGAUGACACAGGUGGUAGGAAAAAUAUAUAUAAUCACAUGGAAUUUUUCCUGGAGGCAUCUGACAUAAUGUGCAAAAAGCCAACAUCAAGGCCAAAGGCAAAUAUUAAGAAUGAAAAAAAAAAACUUUUUCUCACACAAUGAACUAUAUAAGUACUAUAGUUCUUUUAAGAGACAAGCUCCACUUCUGCUUUAUUUUAGUCUGAUGAACAAAACUAAACGAUCGAAGACACUAAGCAAUGACUUUAUUGCUUCCACCGCAUUUAUUUAUGCCCAGGAUUUCAGGACUAGCGAUGAAUCUGCUAGCUACACAACUUCAACCUUAUGUCUCUAUACCAUAGUUUCCCCAAAGGAACCUAACCUCUGCAAUUGACUAGACAGCACAAUAUACUUGAAAUGGAACAGACCAGAGCUGUAUCUUUUUUAAAAAAAUCUCUAUUUUAUUUGUAAGAAAUAAUGAUGAUAUGAUUGCACAAACAAACCAUAUUUGCAUUUGUGUUUAGGAAAGAAGAAAAGCCGGGCAAUAAAAAUUACAAGAGGAAGAGUGGGAGGAAAAAUCAAUUUUCUUUCUGACCCCUAUUCUUAUCUUUAACAUUAUCCUUUAUUGUAUUCUUUUUGUCAUGUUGGGACUUCAAUUACAAAUCUUAGCCUAUGUUCUGAUUUUUUACUAAUAUGGAGAAGGGUUGGCCCUGAUAUUUCCAUAUUUAUGAAUUUCUAUUUAUAUUUAGAAGCUUGCGUUUGAAAAGGUGAAAGAGAGAUGAAAGAAUGAUGGCUGGGUAUUAAGUUAGUCCCAAAGACACUGGAGUUGUUUGGAAGUACAAUGAAGUACUAAAAAUUUAGGGAAUGGAGAAUGCAAUAAUCCUAUCUGAGAAGAGUCCUCAUUAUAUUAUUGGGAAACUGUGCCUUCAACUAUGAUUGGAAGGACUGUACACUAAAAUAUUUAGCAUUCUUGUCCUGAUGCCCAGGAACUUCUAUGAACUUCCACAUGAUACACAGUGUCUUGCAUCUCAUCAACUUCCUAUUGUACAGUCUGUAUUCUAUGUAUCCACAGCCUAUAUUGUGAAUAUAGGGGAUAACAUCUUUUUUUCUUGUACUGCUGCUAUUAAAAAUGAAGUGUGACUAGUUGCAGUGCAAACAAUUCAGAAAAAGGUUGUACCAAAUUCAAUGUAAACAGUUUCAGAUCUGCUGUUGAAGUAGAACUCGAAGGAUAAGUAGAGCAGAGCCUAUAUACCCUUCCUUGUAUGCAUGUAACCAGAGUACCUAUGCAUAAGAUCAAAAUAAUACAAGAUAUACAUGGCAGUGCAAUGUACAUUAGGGAAUUUGUUCCAUCCUGUGAUAUAAUACCAUAGUUAGAAUUUGUAAUAUGCAAACCCAUAGAGUAUUUUCCCCAAAUGAUAUAAAGAAUGCAGCAUUACUGCUACAGGUUCUAAUAUGACAAAUAGCCCUAAUAAUUUUAAUGGAACUUAAUUAUUCAGCUAUUAAUUCUAGUAGUGUCACUGAAGCUUCUUUGUUGGUUAUGAGUAGAGUUGUUUAACAAAAAAGAUAAAACCAAAAGAAUCCCAAUCAAAAUUGGAAGAUGAUUAAAAAUGUGGGGGGGAAAAGGGAAAUUAAUAAUACAUGCACAUGUAUCACACAUAGGGGAAAAAAUUGCAUGCAUCCAAUUUAAAUAGAAAUUUCUUCAUCACCUGUGAAGGCUUCCUAGAUAUGAUCUGGGCUAUUAGGUGCAGCCAGAACACUUUCAACAUUAACAAAAAUGGUUCUUGGUAGUUGUCAAGAAGCCAUAUUGAAGGACAAUCAAACUAUAUUAGUAAUUGUGGCAUAAACAUGCAUUGUGCUUUCUGGGAAUGAAAUGUCAUUAGAGAAUUCAAGGGGAAUAAAAAUCCUUUUGUGAAAGUCAGAAUAAUUCAGGAUGGCACACAUCCUGGAGAAAGGGGCAGAACGGUUAGAUGGAUGGCACAUACAAUCCUUUUCCUUUCUGUUAAAAGUUUAAAGAAAAUAAAUUUUUAAAGGAAAAAUAAACCGCUGAACGUAUAUUAUAUUUCUGGCUUGUUGUUUUAGAAGAUAAAUAAAGAAUGUAUUUUCCUACAGAA